GCCCCCGCGGGUCCACCAGUCUCCGCAGCAGACAGACAGACAGACAGACAGACAGACAGACAGUAGCAGCAGCGACGUGGACCGUCCGGACCGGAGAGGAUGAUGCGAACAACGUUCCUGCUGGCGUUGGCAGCCGUCCUGAGCUUCUGCUGGGCUCAGUCGGACACCGGCAGUGAGGAGGCGGCUGUGGAGGAGGAACAUGUGGAGCUUUUCACCACGCCCGCCACCAAGAUGGGCGCCGCCACCUCGGACUUCGGCUACAACCUGUUCCGGGCUUUGACGAGCCGCGAAACUUCGGCCAACCUGUUUCUGUCUCCGAUCAGCGUGUCUUCGGUUCUGACCCAGCUGUCCAUGGGGGGCUCAGAGAACGCCCAGAGGCAGCUGUACCGGGCGCUCCGGUACCACAGCCUGCAGGACCCCCAGCUCCAGAAUACCCUGAAGGACCUGCUGGCCACGGUGAACUCCUCAGGCAAAGGCCUGAGCUCGGCCGCUCGGCUCUACAUGACGCGUCGACUCCGCCUGAAGCAGGACUUCUUCAAGCUGGUGGAGCAGCAGUAUGGCGUCCGCCCCAAAGCUCUGCUGGGUGGAGCCAAAGACACGAAGGAGAUCAAUGAUUGGGUGUCUCAGCAGACGGGAAGGAAGGUCCAACAGGUCCUGACCAAGGGUCUCCCUCGAACCGCCGGCGUCAAUGCCAUCAGCGCCGCCUACUUCAAAGGGGGAUGGGUGACCCGCUUCAGUCAGGGCGGAGUUCAGCAGGACUUCCAGGUGGAAAAUGGGGCUCCGGUCCGUGUUCCCAUGAUGCAACAGGAUAACUACCCGGUGAAGAUGGGCGUGGACUCGGACCUGAGCUGCACUAUCGCUCAGAUCCAGAUGCAGAACGACGUCAGCAUGUUUGUCUUUCUACCCGACGACGUGACGACCAACACCACACUGCUGGAGGAGAGUCUGACAGCCGAGUUCGUUCAGGACCUCUCCAUGGCGCUGCAGCCGGCUCUGGUGUCCCUGACGCUGCCUGUCCUGAGGCUUAGUUACUCCACCGACCUGCUGCCACUGCUUGGCGACCUCGGCCUCAAUGACUGGUUGGACAACCAAGAACUGGAGAAGAUCUCAGUCCAGUCAGCCAAACUCACCAGCAUCAAUCAUAAGGUUGUCAUGGAAACGGCGCCCGAAGGAGUCCAGUACCCCAGCGCCGUCUUGGUGCCCUCCCACCUGACGUACCGAGUGGACCGGCCCUUCGUCUACCUGAUCCGAGACGAACCGUCAGGAGCACUGCUGUUCAUCGGGAAGGUGGUCAACCCCAAAGUCCUGACAAUUUAA